GCGUUGUGAGCGGUUGGGGAUGGAGUGUUGGUGGUGCUGCCGGAGCUUGCUGUUCCAUAGUCAGGUGUCAAAGAUGACCAUACUGGGACUGUUACUGCUGCUACACUCUGUUGUAGGCUCGCCAGACGUGGACGAGCUGGAGGGAGAAGCAGACUUCCGGUCAGUACGUCUCCACUGGAAGUACUCAGCAGACGUACACCAGCUGCGUCACUUCGUGGUGGCCUACUGUGAGGAUCAACCCUGGGGCAGGUACCGCUGCAAGACGCAGAUACUGGAGGAACGAGCUGGCAGGAAGCUGGGAGGAUCACCUGAGAAGGAACACAGGUACGAGGUGGUGGUCAGGGGGCUGAGAAUGGCUACUAACUAUACACUGGAGGUCACGCCCGUGCUUGACACGCCCACGCCCACCCACCUGGGCCAGGAGCUAGCCAUCAGAACCAAGGGAUUCUCGGCGCGAGCAACACAGUGUUUGGCCAACUCCAGCGUUGUUGAGGUCGAGACCGGACCCUACUUUGGAGGCAAGAUCUCCGUGGAAGGCACCGAAGAAGCAGAGUGCCGAACGGAAGGUGUGAGGGAAAGCCCCAAGACCACCUACCUCCUCAAAAUCGACCACGACCGCUGCGGGAGCGAAGUGCAGAACAACUCUGUCAUGACGUUCAUCCUGGUGCAGGAGAACCUACCGAUUCUCACCCACUCCACCAGGAGGUUCCUGGUCAUGUGUAGUUAUAUACCAGAGACCUUCACUGUCAGGGCUGGGUGAGUCCUGUGACUUACU